ACUCCUAGCACUACUACUCCACACAUUCAGCUUCAUCCAGAGAUGGUUGAUUGUAUUUAUAAUUGCAACUCAUCAUUACAAAGUUCAUAUCAAACGAUAACGAAUCAGCUAUAUCUCGGCAAUUCAACCUACAGUGGUACAGUUCAAAAUGUUAAAAGUAUUCGCUAACCAAGCCGGAAUUACGAUGAACGGAAGAAAUUUAUGCAGCAUAGCCGGUUCUCGUCUGCAGGGGAAAGUCGCAGUCGUCACUGCUUCUACAGAUGGCAUUGGAUACGCUAUCGCGGAACGCCUGGGUCAGGAGGGUGCUAAAGUAGUGAUUAGCAGCCGCAAGGAACAGAACGUAGCUAGGGCAGUGGACCAGCUGACUAAGGCGGGACUAGAUGUGACGGGUGUUAAGUGCCAUGUCGCUACCAGUGCCGAUCGGAAGGCGUUAUUCGAAAAAGCUGUCGAGAAGUACGGCGGCAUCGAUAUUCUAGUUUCGAAUGCGGCAGUCAAUCCAGAGGUUGGGGGAGUCCUAGAAGCAAGCGAGUCUGCCUGGGAUAAGAUCUUCGAGGUGAAUGUUAAGUGUUCGUUUCUGUUAGCCAAGGAGGUUCUUCCCUACAUAAGACAGCGCAAGGGCGGAAGUAUAGUAUUCGUGUCGUCAAUUGCCGGAUUCCAACCGUUCUCACUACUAGGAGCUUACUCAGUAAGCAAAACAGCCUUAUUCGGGUUGACGAAAGCAGCUAGUCAGGAUUUGGCGAGUGAGAAUAUUCGAGUAAACUGUAUCGCUCCAGGAAUCAUUAAAACUAAAUUUGCUGCUGCCUUGCAUGAGUCUGAAGUAGCCAAAGAAACAGCAUUGGCUCAAAUUCCGAUGGGGCGAUUUGGGGAUCCAAAAGAGAUAUCCAGCGUAUGUGCAUUCCUGGUUUCGAACGAUGCAAGCUUCAUAACGGGAGAAACGAUUGUGGCAUCCGGUGGUAUGCCAUCGAGGCUUUAAACUGAACAUUUUUGGUGGUAGGUAAACUUAAAUCAAAAUAACAUUAAAGGCUUUUGGAUUAAUUCCAUAUCAACAUUUGAAUAGGGCUAAUAAGAUUUGUAAACAAACUUUUGUUUUGCUGAUUUCUCCUAAUUUGUUAUCAUUUCAACACAGAAAACAUUUGAAAAUGAUUCUACCAAGGGUAAAGAUGUUAAUUCAUGUGUAUUUUUCAUGAAAUUCAACUCGGUGGCGGA